CAGAUUUGACAGUUGGAACGUCAAACGUCAAACGCACGCUUGUGAUUAUCGAAAUUGAACGUUCGUGGAAUUUGUGGAAAACUUGGUAAAUAAACACAAAUAAUUGAGUGUGCGAACAUUCCGAGAUGAUAGAAAUAACGUGUAAUGACCGACUGGGGAAAAAAGUGAGGGUGAAAUGCAACCCUGAUGAUACCGUCGGAGACCUGAAGAAGCUCAUAGCGGCCCAGACGGGUACCAGAUGGGACAAAAUUGUCCUGAAAAAAUGGUACACCACCUUCAAAGACCAUAUUCAGUUGCAGGAUUAUGAGAUUCACGAUGGGAUGAACAUCGAACUAUACUAUCAAUAAGGGGUUUGGUUGUGGGAAGAAUGCGUUACUUUUGUAUUUAAAAUUAAUCAUAGACUAAAUAAAACCAUUAGUUGUA